AUCUUAAACUAUGAUUAUGGAACGAGUCUCUUCUAAGCGCAAGAUGGUGCCUUCGAAAUUCGCCAGGAAGAAGCCCAAAAUUACACACUCAAAUAUCGAGGAGUUACCUUGGAAAACAGUUUCUCGGUCCAAGGAAGCCUGGUCAGGCGCAGAAGAUGGAAUAUUAGAGCUGGAAGAGGUAGAGGGAGUUGACAUUGUCUAUGAGGAAACCGAAACAGGAAGAGUUGCAAAAUUCAGCGUCGUGCGAGAUGGGGACAAUGCCGCAGAUAAACGAGGUGAAAAGGAAGACCACCUUGCACCGACUGGUGAAGAAGAGAUUGUAACGCGAACAUCAGGCGACCGACAAGGCGCGCAUCCUGACGAGGAGCUGGAAGCAGGGCCCAUAGAGCCUCCAUCAUUUGACGUCGAAACCCUCCUUCCUGGGUGGAAGGAAUUCCCUUUGCAUGCACAGCUCAUGCGUACUAUUCAUGCCCAAAACUUCACCUCGCCUACUCCCAUCCAGUCUCGCGCCAUCCCCCUUGCGUUAUCGGGUAAAGAUGUGAUAGGUGUUGCAGAAACCGGUUCAGGCAAAACCUUAGCCUACGGUCUUCCCAUCCUCCACUACCUGCUGUGCGAAGCUCUUAGUCGACCUCCUUCCAAGAAGACAAGACGUCAAGCCAAGGCUCUGGUCCUUUGCCCUACUCGUGAACUUGCGCUUCAAGUGUCCUCGCAUCUCAAUGCGUGUCUGAACGACCUCGCCUCGCAGAAGGCACCGGCCAGUACACCUGCAUUUGUCAGCGACAAAGGCAAAGGUAGAAGAGAACGCAAUUCAGAGGUGCAAGAUCCAGGCCCGAGCCAGCACAAGCCGGGGGGAUCGUCGGACACCCAGCCGAAAGCCAAGGCUCCGCCACUCGUCAGUGUGGCUGCGAUUGUAGGCGGGAUGUCCGCGCAGAAGCAGCGUCGUAUACUCGACAGAGGUGUGGACGUCUUGGUAGCUACCCCUGGUCGACUAUGGGAUAUCCUCGAAGAGGAUGAUGCUCUGGCGAGAGAUAUCAAGAGCCUAAGGUUCCUAGUUCUGGACGAAGCUGACCGGAUGGUUCAAGCGGGCCAUUUCGCGGAGUUGGAUCACAUCCUACGACUCACCCUACGGAGUUCUCAGUUAGAUAACACAGAUCCCGAGUUCAAGGGUAUGGACGAAGAAAGCGAGGCGCAGCAGGGUGGUCAUAUAGAGAAAACCCCGAUGCAGACCUUCGUAUUCUCCGCGACCAUGAGCAAGGAUCUCCAGCGUAACUUGAAGAUGCGCAAGCGGCCGAAGGCCGGGAAGACUAAGCCUGCGUCGACACUAGAUGACUUACUCAUGAGACUCGACUUCCGCGAUCCGGAGCCAGAGGUAAUUGAUCUCAGCCCAGAGGGGGGCGUGGUGUCUACCCUGAAGGAGGGCAAGAUCGAGUGCUUGUCAGCCGACAAGGAUGUGUACCUGUACUAUUUCCUCUUGCGGUACCCCGGCCGAUCAUUGGUCUUCCUCUCUUCUAUUGAUGGUAUUCGACGGCUCAUGCCAUUGAUGGAGCUCCUGAACGUGAAGGCGUUCCCGCUGCAUUCGCAGCUCGAGCAGAGGCAGCGCUUGAAAAACCUAGACCGUUUCAAGUCUACGCAAAACUCAGUGCUGCUCGCGACGGACAUCGCAGCGCGUGGUUUGGAUAUACCCGCCGUGGACCACGUGAUCCACUACCAGAUCCCCCGCUCGGCGGACGUGUACGUGCACCGGAACGGGAGGACGGCGAGAGCGAUGCGGAAAGGGUUCAGCAUGCUCAUGUGUGGGCCCGACGAGAGGAGGGUCGUCAGAGCUCUCCUGGGGAGCCUUAAGCGAGAAGAGAGCGAGAUCCCAGAAAUGGCGAUCGACUUGCACAUGCUGGACAAGCUGAAAGCCCGAGUGCAGCUCGCGAAGCAGAUCGAUGCGGCGCAGCACCGCGUGAAGAAGGAUAAUUAUGAGCGGAAUUGGCUCAAGGAAGCCGCGGAGGCUAUGGAGAUCGAAUUGGACUCCGACUUUGCGCCCAGUGGUGAUGACGAUGAAGACGCAGGGAAGAGCAAGAAGCGCAAGGACAGUGCGAAGGUUGGCGUGCUUAAGGCGGAGCUGAAGCACCUCCUUGCACAACCUUUGCUCGCGAAGGGGAUAUCUGCUCGAUAUAUCACGUCGGGGAGCAGGCCGAUCGUCGACGACAUGCUAGCUAGUAAUCAUCAUGAGACGAUGCUGGGGGUCAUGAAGGGGGAUGCUGCUGACGAGCUGAUGGCUCCAAAGAAAAAGAAGGUGAAGAAGGCUGUUCAGCAUGAGGAGUGGAAUGGAAUAGAAGAGUAACGGGCUGCAUCUCAUCCCUAAUGAUUUAUUUCGUCUAUAUACAUCUUGAUAUCAUUUGUAUACUGGG